ACUUCCAGCCGAACUCACGGUGCGCGAAGCGAUGCGCUUCACCCGGUCGCGCGCACAUCCAUGCAGUGGAGAGCGGAGUGGAUCUGACCGCUGAAGGGGGUAUCUCCUCCUGUUACCCAACCAAUGUGAUACACUCCGGCUCUUCGGGAGAGGUGUUCCUCUGUCGUCUCGACUGUCCUCACCUUGUUUGCUCUUAACAGCAAUAUUUCUUCACAUUCAGAGAAUAAUGGAAGCGCUCACGACAAGAUGCGCACUGUUUCUUGCGCAGAUCGCACUCUUCAGUAAAACAGCGGAUGUAUCAGAAGCAUAUGGAUUCAGAUCACAGAAAAAACUCUCAGAGAACAUAGAGUGGUCGUAUGCGGGAACUCUAAACCAAAAUAACUGGGCUAAGAAAUAUCCGUCUUGCAACAAUGCCAAACAAUCACCAAUAAACAUUGAGGAGAGCCUGGCGCAGGUCAAAAUUCAAUUCCAGAAGCUGAGAUUAGAGGGAUGGGCUGAAAAGACAUCAGACUCCACUACAGUAAAGAAUGAUGGGAAAACGGUGGUCAUUGAUGUGGGAGGAGAUUUUUUCGUGAGUGGAGGGGGACUCAGGUCCAAGUUUAAGGUGGGACGCAUCACUUUCCACUGGGGCCUGUGCAAUGCCUCCUCUGAUGGGUCGGAGCACAGCCUCAACGAUGAAAAAUUCCCCCUGGAGAUGCAGAUAUACUGUUAUGAGGCAGAUGCUUUCAGUGGCCUUGAUGAGGCCCUCAGAGAAGCAGGAAAGAUCACAGCAUUGGCCGUGCUGUUUGAGAUAAGUACUGAGGAUAAUGAAAACUACACGGCCAUCAUUGACGCAGUCAACAGUGUCAGUCGUUAUGGAAAGAGCGGCCCUGUCUCUCCCUUCACUCUGCAAGGUCUCCUACCCAAAUCCACAGAGAAGUACUUCAUCUAUAACGGCUCUCUGACCGCCCCUCCCUGCUCUGAGACUGUGGAAUGGAUCGUCUUUAAAAACACAGUGACCAUCUCAGAUGUUCAGCUGGAGAUGUUCUGUGAGGUGAUGACCAUGCAGCAGGCUGGAUAUGUCAUGUUAAUGGACUACCUGCAGAAUAACUACAGAGAGCAACAGGAACAAUUUAUGGGACAAGUCUUCUCAUCCUACACUGGCGUCGAGGAGAUCCACACUCCUAUUUGUAGUGCCGAGCCAGAGAAUGUGCAAGUCAACCCUCAUAAUCACACCAGUAUGCUUGUGACCUGGGAGAGACCAAGAGCUGUAUAUGACUCGAGCAUAGAGAGAUACUCAGUCACCUACCGGCCGGCCCAGGGCGAUGAUGAAUCGGCAUCAGAGUACUUGACUGAUGGAGACCAGGAUGUGGGGGCGAUCAUUCAGGACCUGGUGGCCAACACUAGUUACAUGGUGCAGGUAGUUGCCGUGUGCACCAACGGUCUGUAUGGCAGAUUGAGUGACCAGCUGGCAGUGGACAUGCCCCUUGAUGAUCCUGAAACAGACAAUGACUCCGACUCAUUUGAGUAUGAUGACGAGGAAGACCAUCACAUCACUCCCUUUUUGAUCAGACCUGGCACAAAUCAGCUACCAUAUCCCUUCCAAACCACCACAAUUAGUCCAAGAAUUGCUACAACAGAACACUCGGUCCAUACAGUCAUUAAGACGACACCAAGGACUCAUGAAAGAAGACUCUCAGUAGAAGGCUCCCAGAAGACUCAUGAUCAUUAUUUCCCAGCAGUAUACACAGAUAAACCUACUGUGAAAUACACAGACAAACCUAUCAUAGCAACCAUAGCCACCCGUUUUGAUGUGGAUGUACAUACCACUAGACCAGAUGGUUCUAGCAUUGUAGAAGGUGUAUCCUCAGAGUCUGAUGGCCAAAGCAGUACCUUCACAGAAUCUCCAACAAGCAUCACCCCCAAAACAAGUGUUUCCCCUGAAACAAGCGUCACCCCUGAAGCAAGAGUCACCGCUGAAACAAGUGUCUUCCCUGAAAAAAUGGUCACUCCUGAAACACGUAUCUCCCCUGAAACAAGUGUCUCCCAUGAAACAAGAGUCAUCUCUGAAACAAGCGUCACCCCUAAAACAAGUGUCUUCCCUGAAACAAGCAUCAGCCCUGAAACAGCAGUCAUCUCUGAAACAAGCAUCACCCCUGAAACAAGUGUUUCCCCUGAAACAAUUGUCACUCCUGAAACACGUGUCUCCCCUGAAAUGAGCAUCACCCCUGAAACACACAUAUUCCCUGAAACAAGAGUCAUCUCUGAAACAAGUGUCACCCCUGAAACAAGAAUCAUCUCUGAAACAAGCAUCACCCCUGAAACAAGAAUCAUCUCUGAAACAAGUGUCACCCCAGAAACAAGAGUCAUCUCUGAAACAAGCAUCACCUCUGAAACAAGCAUCAUCUCUGAAACAAGCAUUACCCCCGAAACAAGCGUCACCUCUGAAACAAGUGUCACCCCUAAAACAAGAGUCUUCCCUGAAACAAGCAUCAGCCCUGAAACAAGUGUUUCCCCUGAAACAAGCAUCACCCCUGAAAAAAGUGUCACUCCUGAAACACGUGUCUCCCCUGAAACAAGCAUCACCCCUGAAACAAGUGUCACUCCUGAAACACACAUAUUCCCUGAAACAAGAGUCAUCUCUGAAACAAGUGUCACCCCUGAAACAAGAAUCAUCUCUGAAACAAGCAUUACCCCCGAAACAAGCGUCACCUCUGAAACAAGUGUCACCCCUAAAACAAGAGUCUUCCCUGAAACAAGCAUCAGCCCUGAAACAAGUGUUUCCCCUGAAACAAGCAUCACCCCUGAAAAAAGUGUCACUCCUGAAACACGUGUCUCCCCUGAAACAAGCAUCACCCCUGAAAAAAGUGUCACCCCUGAAACAAGUGUCACUCCUGAAACACACAUAUUCCCUGAAACAAGAGUCAUCUCUGAAACAAGUGUCACCCCUGAAACAAGAAUCAUCUCUGAAACAAGCGUCACCCCUGAAACAAGAGUCAUCUCUGAAACAAGCGUCACCCCUGAAAAAAGCAGAACCCUUGAAACAAGUGUAACCCUUAAAACUUUUGUAACAUCACCUUUGAUAGACAUUUCAGACGUUGAGGAAGUGACUCAAAUUGUAACUGACUCACACAGCUAUGAGGAAAGUUCAGUGACCACAGCCCCAUUGCCUGAAAUCCCAAUGGAAUCAACUUCCUCUACCUUCCUCCUAGAGGUCCCUCUGUGGCCUACAACUGCUAGCUUGCCUUUUCAAACCACUGCUGCUUUCAGCACUGUUCUAUCGCAGACUACCCAGCCAGUGUUUAAUGGUGAGAGUGCUUCAUAUGCCCCCUUUGUAUCUGACACUUUGUCCUACGUGCAUGCAAGUCCUGUGUCCCCCUAUUCCUUAAGCAGUGUGUUGUCUGAGCACAUCCCUGACUGGGACAUCCCAUACACUGUUUCCAUGCUGGUGAAUGGUGUUGCCCAGUCUAUCACCCCUUCCCCUUCCUACCCUACCCUAUUUCUCACUGGCUCUAUGUCUUAUUUAGACAUGGAGCCUGUCUCUAGUGCUGGUGGUAUUGAUGAUGAUGGUGAUGAUGAUAUUUUGUCUGGGUCCAUCUCAGCUGACCCCGAGUGUAGAAGUACUCAUCCCCUUCAAACGUUACCAAAAGUCUCCAUGCAGCCAAGCUCUGGACAUAACCUUUCUGGGUCCCCCAGUAUUGUCUCCAUGCUGAGCUCUCUAGCAUAUCUCCAGCCUUCGGUUCCAGUCUCUAAUGACUACUCUCUGAUGAUGACAACCCUUGACUCUGACUCUUCUCUCUCAGGUAGCAUUGAGGACUCUAGACUCCUAAUGCAGUGGCUAGAUUCUUCAAUAGUAGCUCCUACCUUUAGUCAAGACAAUGGUGCAUCUGCUGAAAUUUCUCUGCAUGCCUCUUCUAACUUCCUGCUGCCCUCCUCUACUUCGAGACUGUCUCCGUGUAGUGGUCUCUUGGGUGACCCAUCUAGUCCUGUAGAACACCAUUCUUUCCUGCCCACCUCCAGCGCCGGUACUCUUCUGUGCAGAGAUGCAGAUUUGCACCUCCACACUGAGGCUCUUUUGUCAUCUCUUUCAAUUUCCACCAUGCCUUCUAACGACCUCAGCAUUUCUGUUUCAGUCACCAUCAGCAGCGUUGCACAAAGUCCAACUGGACAUUCCAAGGCAACACCUGCUCCAGUAAGGUCUUCAACCAUUGCGCCAACUUCUACUGCAGAAUUCAUAUUCAUACCUACUCCAGUGGUUCCCCCAACUGUUGCGUCAACCUCUGCCCAAGAAUCUAUCGCUGUGGUUACUCCUGUGGUGCCCCCAGCCGUUGCACGUUUCCCUGCUCCAGAGUCCAGUUCCAUGCCUACACACUCUGCAGAUGGACAGCUGGAGAACAGUGCCUCGGGCUGGGCUUUUGACUUAGAUUGGGACAAGAGCUCAGCAUCAGGAGAUGAGAGUGUUGUCCCAUAUAUCACCACUGCCACUCCUAUAGAGGUACCUCCUGAAGAGAAGGAUGAUGGGAACGAGGAGCUUUCUUCCUCCUUCUACUUUGAGAGUGAGAAUGUGAAAGGUAGUGAAUCUACCGAGUUCAGAGUCACUCUGCACCCCAGUCCAUCCUGGACUCUAAGAGGAAGCGGGGAAGAGGAGAGCGGAUCAGGUGAAAACCUGACAGAUAAUGAGACAUCUUCAGACUUCAGUAUUCCAGAACGCACUGAGAGGGAUUCAGAGGAGGAACCAGUGGAAGACGCUGGUAACAGCAGUCAUGAAUCGCGAGUGGGCCUGGAGAGCAGCAUUGAGCGCCAGAAGAAGGCUGUGAUUCCUCUGGCUGUGGUCUCCACCCUCACUUUUCUGGGUAUCAUCAUUUUGAUUGGCAUUUUUAUCUACUGGAGGACAUGUUUUCAGACUGCUCAUUUCUACAUUGAAGACAGCACAUCACCCAGGGUGAUAUCAUACUCGCCAAUGCUGAGCCCUACAGGUGAACACCAUGCCCAGUCAGUAAAGCAAUUUGUGAAGCACGUGGCUGAGCUUCACAACACCAACUCAUUUUCUAGAGAGUUUGAGAUAUUGAAAGAGUAUUUGGAGGAAAUUCAGACAUGCUCCGUGGACCUCGGAACAACAACGGACUGUUCCAGCCACCCAGACAAUAAGAACAAGAACCGUUAUGCCAACAUUUUAGCCUAUGACCACAGCAGAGUGCGACUCGCACCACUAAACGACAAAGAUGGGAGAAGUGGAGGGGACUAUAUAAAUGCCAACUACAUCGAUGGUUUUAACAAACAGAAAGCCUACAUUGCAGCACAAGGGCCCUUAAACUCCAGCACAGUGGAUUUCUGGCGGAUGGUGUGGGAGCAGAACGUGGGAGUGAUUGUUAUGAUCACAAACCUCAUGGAGAAAGGAAGGAGGAAGUGUGACCAGUACUGGCCUCUGGAGAACCAGGAAGAAUAUGGAUGCUUUCUGGUUAUUGUUAAGAACACAAACGUCCUUGCAUACUACACCCAGAGAACCUUCACCAUCAGAAAUACCAGCAUAAAGAAGGGUUCUCAGAGAGGUCGUAGUAAUGAGAAGACGGUAAUACAGUUCCACUACACACAGUGGCCAGACAUGGGCGUACCUGAGUACGCCCUGCCUGUGCUUUCAUUCGUCUACAAGUCCUCUAGAGCUCAAACAGACCACAUGGGGCCAAUGAUUGUACACUGCAGUGCUGGAGUGGGACGAACAGGGACCUACAUAGUUUUGGACAGCAUGUUAAAACAGAUUAAAGGGCAGAGGACAGUCAACAUUAUGGGUUUCCUUAAACACAUUCGUACACAACGGAACUAUCUCGUUCAAACAGAGGAGCAAUACAUAUUUACCCAUGAUGCUCUAGUAGAGGCCAUUUUGAGUCAAGAGACAGAGGUGCCAUCAAGCCAUAUUCAUCAGUAUGUUAACAACCUCCUAACCCCAGGGGCCUCAUGCAAGACACGGCUGGAAAAGCAGUUUAAACUGGUGUGCCAGUCGAAUGCCAAACAGAAUGAUUACAGCAGUGCCCUGAGAGACUGCAAUAGAACAAAGAACAGGAGCUGCUCUCUGAUUCCUGUGGAGAAAUCCAGAGUGUUUUUGUCCACAUCAGCAGGAGAGACGUCUGACUACAUCAAUGCCUCAUUUGUCAUGGGCUAUCGGCAGAGCAAAGAGUUCAUCAUUACCCAGAAACCUUUGACCAGCACAGUGAAGGACAUGUGGAGGAUGGUGUGGGAUCACAACGCCCUGGUUAUUGUUUCAUUGCCGGACACGAGUAGCACGACAGAAGACAGCGAACCAAUUAUAUUCUGGCCUGUGAGAGAUCAGCCAAUCAGCUACGAGACGUUCUCUGUAUCGUUAAGAGGGGAGGGCCAUGUGUGCCUGUCCAAUGAAGACAUGUUGAUAGUGCAGGAUUACAUUCUAGAGGCCACUCAGGAUGAUUUUGUUUUAGAAGUGAAGCAUUACCGGGCUCCACGCUGGCCAAAUCCAGACAGUCCCAUCAGUAAUGUCUUUGAGCUGAUCAACAUUGUCCAAAAAGAGUCCGGCUCCAAAGAUGGACCCAUGGUCGUACAUGACGAGCGUGGUGGUGUGACUGCUGGAACGUUCUGUGCACUGUUCACUCUUCUGCAACAGCUUGAGGCCGAGAGCGUGGUGAACGUCUACAUGGUGGCCAAGAUGAUCAACCUCAUGAGACCUGGAGCCUUCACUGACAUUGAUCAGUAUCAGUUCCUUUACAAAGCCAUCCUGAGUUUGGUCAACACCCAAGAAGAGGAGCAAGCGUUUCAGUCUUCCGACAACAACGGCACGGUCCCAGGAGGCGUCUCGAGUGCGGCCGAGAGUCUGGAAUCUUUAGUGUAACCAUAGUGACGAGCCGGCACAGGAAAAAGACUUGUAUUUUCUAGCUAAGAAUGUUUUUGUUUCCCCCGGUCCAUCUCUCUGGACUGAUCGCGCUCUGCUGGGUGCAGCGCUGUCAUUAAACGUGUGCCUUUGUACAAUCCACAUUUUUAUUCCCCAUUUCUCUCUUAAAUCGCCACCUUGUGCUAAUGUCUUACGUACUAAUGUCUUCUCAUAGUGUCAUAUUUAUUUGCUUAAAAGCUUGUUUAAAUGGAACACUCCGUAAACUGUUUUAAAUUAGUCUAUUUUUAGAAUUUUAGCCACAGUGUUUUCAUACAGAUAUACAAAAAAGUGGCAAAAUCAGUCAUGGAUAAAGGGCAGGAAAUAAUAUUCUUAUGUGUAAAUAAUAUUACAGCAACCAUGUCGAUGGACCAAAUUUCUAUUUAUGUCUAGAAUUUUAUAUUUGAGGCACUAGUUCUUUACAAGACAUGGUUGCGUUUGAAUAAUUUAGUCACAUUUGAAAUGAUGUUUUAAUUUUUCUGAUGCCUCACCGUUUUGUUACUG